UAUAUUUUAAUUUUCGAAUCCAAUCAAAUUAGUAGAAGUCUCUCAAUCAGCUGCUUUCCAAUGGCUAGGCUUCAAUUGUCUCUUCGUGCUCUUUUCUCCAUUUGUCUCCUCUCCACUUCAGGUGUAUUUUCACAAACAACCCUCACAAUUGAUAAUCAGUGCAGCUACCCAGUAUGGCCAGCCCUAUUAUCCAACCCUGGAUCGCCUCAACCCUCCACCACCGGCUUCAGGCUCGAUUCCCAUUAUAACACCUUAGUCCCUCUCCCCGCCUCCUGGUCCGGCAACCUAUGGGCGCGUACCCGCUGCUACGAAGACUUCCCCAGCGGCCAAUUCCACUGUGAGACAGGUGAUUGUCGCACAGGCACAAUUGAAUGCAACGGCGCGAGCAGCGUCCCUCCCACCACCCUCAUACAAAUGGUUUUCGACUCUGUUGGCAACCUCGAGUACGAGAUCAGCGUCGUCACUGGCUUCAACACGCCCAUGUGGGUGGUCCCAUUUGGUGGGACUGGUGAGUGCAAAAUCGCCGCAUGCACGGUUGAUAUCAACGCCGUGUGCCCGGAAGAGCUGGGGUUGGUCGACAACACAGGUGAGACCGUGGCAUGUAUGAGCGCGUGUACGGCUUUUGGGGACCCCCAGUAUUGUUGUACGGGGGCCUACUCGACGGCCGCCACGUGCACGCCGACUCCUUAUUCAGAGUUCUUUAAGAACGCAUGCCCAUCGGCGGCUUCUUACGCAUUCGAUAAUGGAGCUUACAGGUGUACCAGUGCGACUUACACCAUCACUUUCUGCCCUAGUUAGGGCGCUAGGGAAAUUUGCUUACACUUUCUAGAUGUACUAUGUCUUCUAUUCCUUCUUUGCAGUAGUCCUCUAUUUUGUUUUCGGAUGUCUCAAUACUGUUUGCCUUUGAGGUCCCGAUCAAGUUGUUGAGAAAGAAAAAUAAAUGGGUGAGAUAGGCUUUUCAAUUUUUACCGGUUAAAA